AUGGAACGCCUGCCUUCGAGUUCGACCGAUAGCGCUGCCCUGGACCAGCUCUCUGCCUACCUGGAGCGGCUGGGUUGGCCCUCGGCUACCCCUCCGCCCCCGACCGUGGACACGCUGCUACAACUGCACGCGCUCCACGUCCGCAACGUCGUCUUCGAGAACCUCGACCUGCACUGCGGCCGGCACAUCUUUCUCGACCUCCCCACCCUCUUCGCCAAGAUUGUGGAACGACGCCGAGGCGCGUGGAGAGACUCCAUGAGCCACUGCGUCACCGUGGCCCGGCUGCCGCGCCAAGUCCAGGAGGGCUCCGCCACAGCUGCCAACGGCAUCAAUGAGGAGUCGGCCAAGGAGGAGGUCUGGAUCAGCGAUGUGGGCUUUGGUUCCUCGCCUCUCAUUCCGCUGCGGUACGACCGGCUCGGGGAGGAGCAGGAGGGCGACGCCGAGUGGACGGCCUUCCGCUUCAGCAGGGUCGUGAGCGACGUGCCCGCGGACAAGGGGACCGAGUGCAUCCUGCUCGAGCGGUGCGCCAGAGCGGACGGCCAGUGGCAGAAGAACCUGCUCAUCUACCUCCAGCCGCAGACCCUCGCCCAACUCGUACCGAGCUGCGAGGCACCGGCGCGCGACGCUUCGUCACGACCACCUUUGCCGACGGCAAGCGGGAGGAGACCGACAUUUUGGCUCCCUUGGGGUCAUCAGCGGAGGACAACCUGCGAGAGAAGGAGGUCUACGCAGAGGUCCUCCGGCGCGAGUUCAACAUCGUGCUGA